UGGCUCCUCUGCCCUCAAAGGGUCCGGUUCUCGACUGCUCCCCGCGGCUGUGGUAUUGUGGGAUCGCGGCGACCUCGCCCCCCUCAUCUCCGCGGCGAGGAGUUCGGCUCUCCAGCGCCCCCUGCCGUCCACCCCGCCGCGCUUAGCUGCCGGCCUCCCCCCUCUAUCUCUCUCCACUCCUCCUCCUCCAUCCUCCAGUCCAAGAUGGCGGCGGCAGCGGCGGCGACGGCUCCUCCGGGCUGCCCCGGUUCGUGCCCCAACUUUGCCGUGGUCUGCUCCUUUCUGGAGCGCUACGGACCGCUGCUGGAUCUGCCCGAGUUGCCCUUCCCGGAGCUGGAGCGGGUGCUGCAGGCUCCCACGCCCGACGCCGGCGAUAGCGAGGUACCAAAAGAAUUGGUGGAGCUCCAUUUGAAACUGAUGAGGAAGAUUGGUAAAUCUGUAACAGCAGACAGAUGGGAAAAAUAUUUGAUCAAGAUGUGUCAAGAGUUCAAUAGCACUUGGGCAUGGGAGAUGGAGAAGAAGGGCUAUCUUGAAAUGAGUGUCGAAUGCAAAUUGGGACUUUUAAAGUAUCUCUGUGAAUGUCAAUUUGAUGACAAUCUGAAAUUUAAGAACAUUAUUAAUGAGGAGGAUGCUGAUGCCAUGCGCCUCCAGCCAAUUGGCCGAGACAAAGAUGGUCUUAUGUAUUGGUACCAGCUGGAUCAAGAUCAUAAUGUCAGAAUGUAUAUAGAAGAGCAAGAUGAUCAAGAUGGGUCAUCAUGGAAAUGUAUUGUCAGAAAUAGAAAUGAACUGGCUGAGACUCUGGAACUUCUGAAAGCUCAAAUAGAUCCUGCCCUUUUGAAAAACUCUAGCCAACAAGAUGCCUCUUCCCGAGAAAGCCCCAGCAUAGAGGAAGAAGAAACAAAAAAAGAUGGAGAAACAACUAAACAAGAGGAGGAAUUAAAAUCGAAAGAUGAGAAAGUGAAAAUGGAGGAACUAGCAAAAGAAUCUGUAAAUCUUCCUGUACCCACCACUCUGGAAGAGAAUCCUUUAAAAACUGAGAAACUAGAAGAAAAGGAACUUGUGAAAACACCAGUCAUAGUGAAGUUAGAGAAAACUUCACUAGAGAGUGAAGAGAAAAAGAUCCCCAAAGAGGAAAGUGAUUCCUUCAAGGAGAAUGUUAAACCUAUUAAAGUGGAGGUAAAGGAAUGCAAAGUGGAACCAAAAGAUGUUAAAAGUAGCACAGAGAAAGUGACUAUUCAUGAACCUGAGCGAUUAGAGAUUGGCAUUAAACCUGCUCCAGAAAGUAUGGAGAAAUCAUCCGAAGAAACUGAAAAAUUAAAAAAUGACCAGCAAGCAAAGAUACCCUUGAAAAAACGUGAAAUUAAAUUGACUGAUGAUUUUGACAGCCCAGUCAAGGGACCUUUGUGUAAAUCAGUGACUCCAACAAAAGAUGCAUUGAAAGAAGAGGUGAAACCUGAGGAGGAGAUUUGUAAGCGAAUUCCUACAAUCAUGGCUUUGUGUCCUGAGGGGAAACAACUAGUCAAUGGAGAAGUUAGUGGUGAAAAAAAUCCUCCAAGGAAUAAGACAGAGCAACUGGAAACCAAGCUCUGUAGUUUAAAGGAAGGGGGUAGUCAUCCAUCUAAGGAGAAAAAUGGCUUGGUGAUAGACAAUGGGGCAGAGUCCUUGGUGGCUCUAAAUAAAAGCAUGAAAACAAAUGAAUCUGGGAAGGAUGCAGAGGGUCCUACUCAGAGAGGACAAGGACAGGAAGAACCUGAUCCUUCAGAAACAGAAAAUGCACUUGAGGACACUUCCGAGAUAGCAGAAGAUCUUUCAUUGAAAACAGCUUUUUCUACCACUGAAGCCUGUCCCAAGAAAGUUGAAGAGAAGUCCUCAGUCAAAAAUAAGAAGGACAAACGGCCUCCACUCCUAGAAUGUCUAGAAAAGUUAGAGAAGUCUAAGAAGACUAUUCUUGAGAAGGACACAUCAAAACUGAGUCCCAUACCUGAAGAGAUGGCAAAGAGCACUGUAGAACCAGAAAAGACACCAUGCUCUCCAGAGGCAGCAGAGAUCUCCCUACCUUCUAUAAAUCUUGAUUUCCCAGAGAAGACAGCCUCUGAAAAGGAUGGGUUAGAUAACAAAAAUACAAAACCUAGUAAUGAAGGGCUUCCCUUGGAGAAAACAGAUCCUGAGGUCCUCAAGGAAGAAGUGGAACUUGCCAAGAUAGGAGUUGAUAAAUUAGACAGUAGCCAAUCUUCUAAAAUAGAAGAUCCUUCAGAGAUCAAGAAGGGUUCUACCAUACAGAAAAGUAAAUUUAAAUACAAAUUGGUUCCGGAGGAAGAAACCCCUGAAACAGAAAAUAAGGAAAUAACAUCUGAAAGGCAGAAAGAAGGCAUCAAAUUAACAAUCAGGAUCUCUAGCAGGAAGAAAAAGCCAGACUGUCCUCCAAAGGUUCUAGAUACAGAAGUAAAGGAAGAGACAGGAAAGGAAGAAGAGAAAAUAACUCCUGGUAGAACUUUAAGAAGGUCACCAAGAAUAUCUAGACCCACUGCAAAAGUGGCUGAGAUAAGAGAUCAAAAGGCUGAUAAAAAACGGGAGGAGGAAGAGAAAGCGGAAGACUCAGCAUCUGUCCAAAAACAGGACAAAAAGGAGAGUUCAAGGAAGCCUGAUAAGGAUGCUAAUUCUAAAGGCAACAAGAUGAAAUCCAGGAACAAAGUCCGGUGGACUGGUUCUCGAACUCGUGGUCGAUGGAAAUAUUCUAGCAAUGAUGAAAGUGAAGAAUCUGAGAGUGAAAAAUCAUCUGCAGAAUCAGAGGAGGAGGAAGAAAAAGAAACUGAGGAAGCUGUGCCAGCAGAUGAUGAUGAACCAUGCAAGAAAUGUGGCCUUCCCAAUCAUCCUGAACUAAUUCUUUUGUGUGACUCAUGUGACAGUGGAUACCAUACAGCUUGCCUUCGACCACCUUUGAUGAUAAUUCCUGAUGGAGAGUGGUUUUGUCCCCCUUGCCAACAUAAACUUCUCUGUGAGAAGCUAGAGGAGCAAUUGCAAGAUUUGGAUGUUGCCUUGAAAAAGAAGGAGCGUGCCGAACGAAGGAAAGAGCGAUUGGUAUAUGUGGGUAUCAGUAUUGAAAACAUCAUCCCUCCACAGGAACCAGAAUUAGCCGAUGAUCAUGAAGAAAAGAAGAAAGAUUCCAAAAAAUCCAAAACACACUUUCUUGAAAGGAGGUCAACAAGAACAAGGAAGUGCAUAAGUUAUAGAUUUGAUGAAUUUGAUGAGGCAAUUGAUGAAGCAAUUGAAGAUGAUAUUAAAGAAGCUGACGGAGGGGGAAUUGGCAGGGGAAAAGAUAUUUCCACCAUUACAGGUCACCGAGGGAAAGAUAUCUCAACCAUUUUGGAAGAAGAAAGGAAAGAAAGCAAGCGGCCCCAGCGGGCAGCUGCUGCCCGACGGAAGAAACGGCGGCGGCUGAAUGAUCUUGAUAGUGACAGCAAUCUGGAUGAAGAGGAGAGUGAGGAUGAAUUCAAGAUUAGUGAUGGAUCUCAGGAUGAGUUUGUUGUGUCUGAGGAAAACCCAGAUGAGAGUGAAGAGGAACAGCCUUCAAAUGAUGACAGUGACACAGAAUUCUGUGCCCGAAGACCCCGACGGCACCACUCCAAACCAAUGAGGCAGAGCAGGCGUUUGAGAAGAAAGACAAUGAAGAAAAAAUAUUCUGAUGAUGAUGAAGACGACGACUCUGAAGAAAAUAGUAGAGCAUCUGAAAGUGAUUAUAGUGAUUACAGUGAAGAUUACCUGGAAACUAGACGGAGAAGGUCAAGAAGAAACCAGAAAAGACAAGUCAACUAUAAAGAGGACUCAGAAAGUGAUGGUUCCCAGAAGAGCUUCAGAUAUGGGAAAGAAAUGAGACGAGUUCACAAACGCAGGCUUUCCAGCUCAGAUAGUGAAGAGAGCUACAUGUCCAAGAAUUCUGAUGAUGAUGAUGAGCCAGCUAAAGAAUCCCAGCGAUCGCUCCGGAAGCGAGGUCGAAAUGCAAAUGACUGUUCAGAAGCGGAAGCAGAGGAGGAGGAGGAGGAGGAAGAGGAGGGUCGACCUGCCCGAAAACGACUGCAUCGAAUUGAGACAGAUGAGGAGGAAAAUGGAGAGAAUGCCGAUGGUAACGUGGAGCAACGUGCAGCGGCCAGCAAGCACUCGGUAUCCCAUGGGCAGCAUGAUCAUGCCAGGAAGCCCUAUAGGAUAGACAGUGAUGAGGAAGAGGACUUUGAAAACGUUGGGAAAGUAGAAAGCCCAUUGGACUAUAGCUUAGUGGACUUGCCCUCUGCCAAUGGACAGAGCCCUGGCAAGGCUAUCGAAAACUUAAUUGGCAAACCAUCUGAAAAACCUCAAGCCCCUAAGGACAACACAGCCAAUGCCAGCCUUGCACCCAAUGGAACAGGUGGUGGGCAGGAGGCCGGAGCACCAGAAGAAGAAGAGGAUGAACUUUUAAGAGUGACUGACCUUGUUGAUUAUGUCUGUAACAGUGAACAGUUAUAAGACUUUUUUUCCAUUUUUGUGCUAAUUUAUUCCACGGUAGCUCUCACACCAGCGGGCCAGUUAUUAAAAGCUGUUUUAUUUUUCCUAGAAAACUCCACUACAGGAUCACUUUUUAGAAGCAAAAAUUUCACCAGUCCCUGCAGUCUUUCUGUGAAGUGACCAGUUUUGAACUUUGAAGAUAAAUAAUCGCUGUAAAUUCCCUUUGAUGGUUUUUUUUUUUUUUGUCUUUUUUUCCCCUAAGUUCAUGGUCCUUGGUAAUUUCAUUCAUGGGAAACACACUCUCACAGACACAUACGCACACAUACAUGCACACACACACAGACACAUUCUAAUAACAACAAGAUUUAUAUAUUUUUGACUUUAUAGUUCCUGAGUUCUCCUGACUUUGUGAUAAAGAAUGAAUAAGAAUGCAUUCCAAAUCUGUCAGGGCCCAAAAUGGAAUUUGGGGGUGGGAGAAAGCACUUGUGCUUUACUGUUUUCAUAUUAAAUAUAUAUAUAUAUAUACAUAUAUAUCAUAUUUAAACAUUCAUAACAGAUUACGAUUAACAGACAGUUUAAAGGUACAUGUCUGUAUUAUUGCAUUUUGUGAAUUGUAGAUAACAUCGUACCAUAGCUCAUUUAGUAACAGCCUUCAUGAAAUCAACUUAAUACUGGAGAUAACCAUACUUAAUGAAAAAGAGACCAAGAAAGUACUAUUAGUAAGAGCUCUAAUUUAAGUAUCUGUUACAAUGGAGGUUGUUUUUUUUUCUUAAUCAUCUGAAAAACAUUUGUACCAUGAAACGUAGGAUAAUGACGCUUGGACAGCCAAAUUGUGCUAGCAGCAAAUUUUGUAAAAUGGCUUUAUGCAUAUUUGAUCAGAUCAUCCCUACUGUACCAUGUCUUGAUGGCAAAUAUUAGUAUGAUUGUACUUAUUUGGUCAUUAUGACAAAAGAGAUAGUGUAACCAUUACAGAUAGCAUAAGUAUUAUUUUAACAGCUGACCACUUAAUGUUUAAACCUUUGAAAAGUCAUUUUGAAAUAUAUGUAUCUAUAUAAAUAUAGAUAUCUGCAUAUACCAUACAUCAAGAAAUGUCGCGCUGACAAUGGGAUUUUAGCACAUUUGAUGAUGGGAGUGGGUUUUCAGGUGACUCCAAACCAAUCUAUUCUUGCCCUUAGUAUCUACUUCAAAUUGAAGUCUACAAACCAAGCAGUUCCUUUGGAAGGUUUUUAGUUUGAGUUUGUGUGUGUAUGUGUACAUGUGUGUAUGUGUUUGUGUGUAUGUUUGUGAGAGAAAGUACGUGGGGAGGGGGGGGUAUGUAUGUGCACAUGCUUUAGGAUUUUCUGCCUGGAUAUAUUAGCAGAUUUUAAAUGUCGUUUUUGCCUUUGGCCAUUAGAACUUUAUUCAAAUUUAUAAUACAUGACCAAUCUAAGAAGAAAAGCAACCAGUGUAUCUCUUAAGUUUAUGUGCAUAGCAUCCACUUACAUGCUUUGACACUUUCAAGACGAAGUGAUGGCUGUCAUUUUAAGCAGGAAGAUGAGGAAUUGAACAAUUGAGCACCUAGGUCACUUUAACCAUGGUCCUCUUUUUAGCCUCAGUGUCAUCCUGUGAAUGUUCGGGUAGGACUCCUAACAUUUGGACAAAGUGUAGCCUUUAUGAUGAAACUUCCACGUGUCCUUUUGAAAACAGAGAUGGUCACUUAUGGUCAGCCUUUUUUUUUUUUUUUUUUUUUUCCUGUCCAUUGCUGGCAAUGGAUGCAUGUUAUCUGCUAAUGGCACCAAGGGGUCACAUCUUGUCUCCUCUCCAAAUUAAGCCUUUUGUGUGCUAGUCAAUCCAUAAUUAAGCACUUCUUUUUUUUUUAAUUUUUUAAAAAAAAUUUUUAAAAGCUGGCACUAGAACUACAUAUAAAUACCUCUCUAGAAAACUUUGCCUGCCUUCCCUUUGUAUCCCUCCCCAAUUUAAUCCGCAGACUUAACUUUUGGCCUUGAAAGUUUAUAGCUGUUUGUUUGUUGGGUUUUUUUUUUUUUUUUUGACUGAUGUUGGUUCUUUACUGUUUUAUUCUAUUUCAUUUAAGUUCUGUAGUUCACCUGUCCAUUAAUAUUUUUGUUGGAUUCUAGCAAUGUAUAUUUCGUCUGUUUUAAAAAUAAAAUAAAAUAAUCAAAGGCAGCCUAAAAUUAGGAUGCGCCAAUAGUAUGCUGUGUUAAGAAAGUUGUGAUUUUGUUUUGAAGAGAAUGUCCCAUUUUAAGGGGGGAAAAAUGACUUGCUAAUGCAAGUCAGGCCACAAAAUGCCUUUACGAUUUGUGCAGUGUUUAAUUGAAAUUCUUUGUCUAUUACUUAUAGUAAAUUGCAGAGGUUUAACAUUUUAACUUCAUUUAAAACAAGUUGACAGAGAAAGGGUGCUUGCCAGCCCCAAUUUCAUUUUGUACCUGAGCAAAGAUAGCUACAACAUACAAUUUCCCUUUUAUAAUAUGCCUUCUUCCUGCUUCUCACCCCAGAAACUUACCAGCCCCAGCUUUUACCUGAAACCUGCAUUUUUACUUCAGGCACAUAAGUAGAAAAUGUUGCUACUAUGGGAUUAAUAUAUUUUCAUUGCAUGCCUGAUGUACAGAAAUUCAGAAGGUUCUUUUUUAUUUCUCCAGUGCAGAAAAUUGCUGUGAAUUUUUAUAGUAGUAUGGCAGAUAGAUGUGAUUGUGGUACUAGCUUCUUGCAAGUUGCAAUUAGGCCACUUUGAUCAGCUGGUUAAUUAAGGUCUUUGAAUUUUUGCCUGUAUGCUAAGUGGCAGAACUAUUCCAGCCACAGAACUCUUCAGCCAAAGUCUAUCUACCUAUCUAUAUAAUUAGAGCCACUGAUAACUUAAAAUGUUGCUCUCUAGGUAGUCAUGAGUAUGUACACCAUAUAGCUGAUUGGCCCAACUGAAAGCUGUAGCAGUCCUACACUGGUUCUGCCCCUUGUUAAGCAUUUUCAAGCCUGAAUUUCUUGAUCUUCACAAAGGAAAUUUACCAUGUGUGAAUUCUAAAUAUAAUUUUCAUAUAUGUGAAAAUAAUGAAGGAAAUUCAAAUGUUUUUGCAAAAAUAUAAGAAUAUAAUUCAGCUUACAUUGAGCAUUCCUUAACCAUCAUACAGCAAAGCUGCUUGCUUACAUACAGUAAAACCCCUUUUAUAAGAUCCAAAUUGGACUCUCCUCAUACACAGUUCCAUUCCAUAACAAAUGUAUUAGAGGUUCUAAUGUGGUAUUCAUUUUAUUCAGCCAUAUUAAGUCAGAAUUUUGGAGUAUUUAGUAACACAGUCUCAUUUCCUAUAAACAUGUUUCCUUUUUUACUGGAUAAUUUAAAAUGAAAUCAUUUUGGUCAUGAAAAAGAAUAGGAAUUAUAGUUAAAUUGCAUUUUGAUUUUGAAGAUUUUCUGCUAUUGGAAUAAUGUUCAAUUUAAUAUUUAUUGAUUCUAAUAUGUUAGUGUAAAUCCAAUGGCAAACACAACUAUUGGCCAAAUGGAAGUGUUUUUGAAUGAACUGCACGUUUUCCACAUGGUGUAACCUAGCCAAGAUUGCAGUCUUGAUAAGGAAAUAUGUAAAUAGUCAAAAGAUUUUAAAAUAUUUUUAAAGCCACUGGAGACUCCUCUAAGUUUUUAAAUGAAAUAAUUGCGAAACAAUUUGUCUUGUUGUCUGAUUCUUAGUUGUCACAACCCACCCCGUUUUGUUUAAGAACAUUUUGAAUUUGGUCACUUCAAUCUGUUUAUGAAGAAAAAACAGGUCUAUCUAAAUAGAAUUAGUGGUAUUGUUUUCAUCACAAGAGAAGAUUUUUAAAACCUGUUGCACAUAAGAGAUUCUGUUAGAAAUAGUGACAUUCUUCCCAUGAUUUUUCUGUUUAUUCUUCACUAUGAAGAAGAAAAUGAAAUUAAAAAUAUAAAAACAUGAUAGACUUAGUUCCACUCAUAAGUGUUUCACAUAUCCAUGUCUCUGUUUUUUAUUCAAACUCAGAGUCUUGUUUUCUUUGAACUUUUCUCAACUUUAAAAAUCUAAACUUUAGAGAAAUACUAUCUAAAAAAAAAUUGAUGAAGAAAUUCAUUCUUUGAAUACCAUGUUUAAUUCGUCACAUACACCCAUAUAUGACAAAAUAUCUCAAAGGGUUUUCUUUUUAUAGAAAACAACACAUUUGUCAUUGGCCAUGAGACCAGAACAUAAUAGUGAUAUUCUUCCCCCUGAUCUGACAUCUUUAGAAAGUAAUGUUGUUCUCUAGUAGGCAAAAUUGCAUAGCAUUCUCUCUGGGUUACUGACUUUGUGUCUGAGCAUCUCUAAGCUAGUCAUUAUUUAUCCUAACAGUCCAUCUCUUCUGUACUAGUGUCACCCACCAUUCCCAAUGUUAAAAAUAAACAGUAUACGAGUGGAGGAUGAGGUUUGUGGAUUUGCUUUGUUAUAGUAAUCCUGGAAACAAGUUUUAAACUUGUCAAUCAGGAGUUUUAAAUGUGUCAACAAUAUGUUGUAAUUGUUUUUAAGACCAUUUCCUUCCUCUUUGCCUUAAGUUAUCAUUGUCACUUCACAUUUAUUGAGUGCCAAUAAUUUGCUAGGUGCUGCCUUUUUUUCCCAAUCUAAGUAGAGAAAGAACAAAUCCUUGGGACCUAAUAGGUCUGCCAUCAGUCACCACAGGCCAGAAAUUUUUCAUAGUGAGUUUUUUUUGUUUUGUUUUGUUUUGUUUUACACCUCCCCACUCUUCCCAUUGCCAUGAGUUAAGCAUUAUAUAGAUUACCAUCAACGAUUUUUUUUCCUAAAUAUACAAUUAAAAAGCCAUUUUCAUAGACUUGAUUGUCUUAACCAUUUCAUUUUUGUGUAGUUCUUUGAAAAUAGUGACAUUGCUAAACACUACAAAAGCAGUCCUGGUGCAUUUACAAUUUAAUGUGCAGAAAUAUUCUAAAUUACAAUACCUGUAUGAGACAUAUAAGUCUCCAUAAACCAGAUUUUUGGUGGGUAAACAAUUAUUUAUGAUUUCUGAAUAAGCUAUUUAGACUUUGGGAUAAGGACUUUAAAAAAAGAUGUUGAAUAGAAACUUUAAAUUCAUGUCAAUUAACACAAUUUGGAAAAUAUGCUGAGGUUUUUGUCCUUUUUUGCCACUGGAUGAUGCGAGUUAAGAAUAGAAUUGUCAACUCCAAUUUUAUACUUCCUCUUAACUUUACUCAGUUUAUUGAGAAAUUUUAAUUUUAUUGUAAAAUGUGUUUUAAAAUCUGUAUUUAUUAAGUUCUGGUGGUAGAACAAUUAGCUGCAUGUUAGAAAUACAGCCAUCCAGAAAACCGUUGUUUGGAAAUUUAAGUAAACACUCAAGAGCUUCAGAAAUCGUUUAACUUAUUUUGUACGUUGCAAAAAAAAAAAAAAUUUAUUUUGCUUAGAGUGACAUUUUUUAUAAUUGUGUACAGCUUUUAAGGGGGGUGGGAGGUGGGAAAUAACACCUAAAAGUAGAUUGUAGAUUUUUACAGUUGUGUUUGUGAUAGAAUAUCCACAGGUCUAUGCUGUAAUUAAAACUAAAACUGCUUAACAAUUUGUGCCAUGGUCUUUUUCAUCCUACCUAAGAUCUGAAUUUUAUUGAUACAGAUCAAUCCUGCCAUACAAAGGAGUUGUGAAACUAAUACAAUUACUGUCCUCAAAAGCAUUCUCCAAAAAUUCAAACAAAAAUAUAUCUAUUCAUAUAAAUGAAUGAUCAGGAAAAGGAGUCUGAAAUGACCCUAAUUAGAAGAAUUAUAGCAUAUUCUGAUUCUGGUUUUUCAAGGGAGUAUCAUACCUGGCCUAAUGUUUUUUUCUCAUCUCCAUUUGCAAGCCAGAAGAACCAAUCAGUGAUAUUCAGAUCUGUCAAGGACAGUAAAACACAAUAUUGUUACUUUAAAACACAUGGAAGACAGGCAAAUAAUUGCUUAUAAUGUAAGUUAGAGUACUACUAUUUGUGGAAGCAAAUUCAUCUGCUUUUAAAAUUGAUGUGGCAAGAAAAAAAGCAAAAAUAAGUUUUCUAAUUCCAGUCUCCUUCAAUACUGGUGGGUUUUGAAAUUUCAUUCUUUUAAAUAAUACAUACCCAAAAUUUAACAUUUAAUGACAUUUAAACAAAAAAGGUGGUCUUUUUUUAAAUUUUUAAUUGCCCUCUUUUCCAUUGUGUAGGACAAUGGUGCCCUUAGGACGAAUUCAUCCGAGAAAAUGUUAUGAUAAACAUCUAAUCUGUCGUUCAGCUUCUGCUGUUGUUUUCAGUUAGGAUGGGCUCUUCAGUGUAUUUAUCAGUGCAAUCCUGGUGAUCUUGAGUCUCUUGCCUUGGCAUAAACAAUAUAGGUUACUAGCAAGCAGGAAUUUGGGGGUUCUGUGUGUUAUUUGUUGUUUAUUUAAGUAAUAGUAUCUGGCAUUCAGAGGAACUAGUCAAAUCAGAGCUGCCAGAAGAUGCCUUGCAAUUUAAGAUAUGCUUGUGUGAAAUACUUUAUUUACUCUUAUACUUUGAAUAUGUUCUGUUGGGUUUUAUUGUUUUUAAGAAAAUAUAAAAUUUGUGAAUUGGGUUCUCAGACUUAGGGAGUGCCUCUGUCUAUUUUGUUCUUGAAGACAAGUGUUAAAUGUUAAGAAGCUCAACAGUUAAGGUAAAGAUAUUUUAGCCUUAAAAGAAAGGCUGAACUUACAUUUCUUGAUGGAAUCAUGAUCAUUGCUAAAAGUGACAGGAGAACCCAGGUUGGGUUUAUUCUUUAUGGAUGUAUCCUGAAUGUGGUAGUGGGAGAAUAUAUUUUAAAAACUGGAAACGUGACUCAUUGCACAGAAAAUGGGUGAUACUUCUCACUCUUUUUUCCCCCCACAACUAUGCUAUCACAAGCAUGUAAAUUUUGUGCAUAAAAAUAAUGUGGGAAGAAGUCCUGAUAGCCUUGGUGCUUAAGGGGUUAAACUGCAAUUUAUGAACAGCUAGUGUGUUAAAAUUGCAAUGCACAACUGUUUAAAUACUAUAUACCUUGUAAAUGAAAAACAGAAUAUGUUAAGGCUGGUGCCAAUAUUUUUGUUAAUGAAAUGUUCAAUGUUGUCUCACUAUGGUCUGGUCAGAACUCUCUUGGUGUGUAAACGAGGCCCAAAGCCAUUUUAUAGCUGCUGGCCUAAUUGUGUAACUUUUUCUUUCAUAAUGCUUUUGUUAUAAUACCUUCUGUCAUUUAUUACAUAUAAAUAUGACAUGUUGUCAUAAUAAAAAAAAUUUUAAAUGA